AUGGCACAGGGGGAACCAAUCUAUAAUGACUACCAAGCCGUGAAGGCAUCCCUUGCCGCUACCAUUCGAAAGAAGGAGCGCGCGUUGCUAAAACAGAUUCAGGAGGAGUACGAUAUGAAUGCCCCUGUGUUGGCUAUCCAGCAGCAAAUGAGCGGGGAACAAUUUGAUGAUGAUGAUGAUGAUGAUGACGAUAAAGAAGGUGCUCCCGCUCAAACUACUUCCAUUCGGAUCGCUGAGAGACGCUACAUCGCAGAAUGUGCGGUGCGCGAUCCAUCUGUACUCCACGAUCAGAAAGGCUAUGCCUUACAUGUCGAGUUCUCCGUCGCUCUGAUUGCAUUAUGUAAACGGAGGGAUCGCCGCCCGGUGAAGACCAGGCGCUCUCCGGAGCCUGUCACCGUCAGAACUGCUUUAGAUUCGCCACGGCUGCCCCAGAUAGAACCCGAGAUCAAACGCGAUGCUCCCUUGAAGUGCCAAGGUUGGCAGUGCGUUUUCUGUCUAGCAAGUAACGACCUCCCUUUCGAGGAACGAGAGUGCAGGUAUAAACGGAAAUACACGCUUCAGAAACACGUUGAUCGAUGUCGUCUCAAGUACUACGGUCCAGACGACCCCAUUCCUUGUCCUGACGAUCAUGCAUGCGCUGGGCUCAUUUUGAAUGGGAAGAUGGAGCUGAAAGCGCACUUCGCCCACGAGCAUGGUUGCUUUUUGUAG